AUGAAAAAAAGCGCAAUAAAACUCGACACCAACAACGAAAGUAUUCCAAUUAACGGCACCAAAAAGCAAAACACGACGACGGUGAACGAUUCAAUACAAGAAAAGAAGAGUUACUGUACGCGUAACCCAACAACGCCAACGACGAAAGAAAAGACUGUAUCACGGAAAAAAGCACUGAACCUACGACACAGAAAAACCACUGAACCUACGACAAAGAAAAAACCACUGAACCUACGACACAGAAAAACUACUGAACCUACGACAAAGAAAAAACCACAUUACAAGAAGCACCAAAUUGGACGACACCAUGUUGCAAGGAAUACCGAAUGGGAGACACCAGGGACGAGAAAAGAAAUACCGAACUGGACGACACCAACGACGAACGAUGCAAAUCAGCAAAAUCGACGAACAAACUAA